CAGUGACUACUUUGGGUGUCGAAACAAUUAUAAUAUCUUCAUUAUAACACAAAUUAAUUAAUAAUUAAGAACACUCCAAUUUAAAAUUAUGGGUUUAUUAGCAAUUUUAAGAAAAUUAAGAGCAACUCCUGAGAAAGAACUUCGAUUAUUAUUACUUGGAUUAGAUAAUGCUGGUAAAACAACGAUUUUAAAAACUUUAGCAUCUGAAGAUAUUAGCCAUAUAACACCAACAGCUGGGUUUAAUAUAAAAUCGGUUAUUUCUGAUGGAUUUAAGCUUAAUGUGUGGGAUAUUGGUGGGCAGAGGAAAAUUCGACCUUAUUGGAAAAAUUAUUUUGAAAAUACCGACAUUUUAAUUUAUGUUGUCGAUUCAUCUGAUAAACCAAGAUUAGAAGAAACCGGAAUUGAGCUGUAUGAGUUAUUAAGUGAUGAGAAAUUACAAGAUGUCCCUUUACUUGUUUAUGCAAAUAAACAAGAUUUACCAAAUUCUUUGCCAGCCUCGGAUUUAGCACAAGCUCUUGGAUUACCGACUAUUAAAGAUCGAGCUUGGCAAAUACAAUCUUGUGUGGCCACAAAGGGAAGUGGAGUUAAAGAAGGGAUGGAAUGGGCUUGUAAAAUUAUUAAGAAAAAGUGAAAUAAUUUGUAGAAGAAAAGAAAACGUCCUUUAUAAUUAAAAAAAUAUUAUUUAUGUAUUAAUUUUAUGGAUAAUAUUAGAUUUAAAAUAAAAGAAACAAAAUAAUGUAUUCAUUUUGCAUGGAGACUAUCUUUUUGAGCUAUCUGAACAUUAAAUUGUAAAAAUAAA